GGAGUGUCGGAGGGAGAGAGGCGGGACUCGAACCAUCCAAAACCCAAAAUCCCAAAUCUCUCUCUCUCUCUCUCCUUUUCGAGGGUUUUUCCUCAGACGAGCUCGUCUCCUCUCCUUAUCCUACACCCCCAUUCCUUAUCCUGCGCCUACCUCGACAACAGCAGCUUCACCAUGCGCUCUCCUUCUCAGCUUCUCUCCCUCAAAUGAGACUGAAUUGGAAGAUUCUAUCCAAUGGCACGGACGGAGACAGAUGCUGUGAAGGAUGCUGGAGAAAACGGAUGCUUUAAAGGAUUGCGGCCUUUGGCUGAUUCUAGCAUCUCUCAGCCUCUCCAUGUUUCUCCUCUGCGAAAGAAGUUUGAAGGAAAGGAUGCCCUCACUUAUGCUAACAUUCUCCGUUCUAGAAACAAGUUUGUUGAUGCUCUUUCUCUAUACGAGAGCAUCUUGGAGAGGGAUGGUGGGAAUGUUGAAGCUCAUAUAGGCAAGGGCAUCUGCCUCCAAAUGCAGAGUCUGACUCGACAGGCCUUUGAAAGUUUUACGGAGGCCAUACGGUUGGACCCACAGAAUGCAUGCGCCCUUACACAUUGUGGUAUUCUUUACAAAGACGAAGGUCACCUUUUAGAGGCUUCUGAGUCAUAUCAAAAGGCUUUAAGGGCUGAUCCAUCAUACAAACCAGCUGCAGAAUGUCUCGCAAUUGUCUUAACAGAUUUGGGCACCAGUUUAAAACUGGCUGGAAACACUCAGGAGGGAAUCCAGAAGUAUUGUGAAGCUCUAAAGAUAGACAGCCACUAUGCCCCUGCAUAUUACAACCUUGGGGUGGUCUAUUCUGAGAUGAUGCAAUAUGAUUUGGCUCUUAGCUGCUACGAGAAAGCUGCACUACAGAGGCCUAUGUAUGCCGAAGCAUAUUGCAACAUGGGUGUUAUAUAUAAAAACCGUGGGGACUUGGAAUCAGCUAUUGCUUGCUACGAGAGGUGUUUGACAGUGUCUCCAAAUUUUGAGAUUGCCAAGAAUAACAUGGCAAUAGCCUUGACAGACUUAGGAACAAAGGUAAAACUGGAGGGAGACAUCAACCAAGGUGUGGCAUACUACAAAAAGGCACUGUAUUACAAUUGGCACUAUGCUGAUGCUAUGUAUAAUCUUGGUGUAGCAUAUGGAGAAAUGCUGAAGUUUGACAUGGCAAUUGUGUUUUAUGAACUUGCUUUACACUUCAAUCCCCAUUGUGCGGAGGCAUGCAACAACUUAGGAGUAAUAUAUAAGGACAGAGACAAUCUUGACAAAGCUGUGGAGUGUUACCAGAUGGCUUUAUCUAUCAAACCGAACUUCUCUCAGUCACUCAACAAUCUUGGUGUUGUCUACACUGUUCAGGGUAAGAUGGAUGCUGCGGCAAGCAUGAUUGAAAAAGCCAUUGUUGCAAAUCCGACAUAUGCAGAGGCAUACAAUAACUUAGGGGUUCUUUACAGAGAUGCAGGCAAUAUAUCUCUGGCCAUUGAAGCGUAUGAACAAUGCCUUCAGAUAGAUCCUGAUUCGCGUAAUGCUGGUCAGAAUCGAUUGCUUGCAAUGAACUAUAUUAAUGAGGGCAAAGAUGAUAAACUUUUUGAGGCGCACAGGGAAUGGGGUAGACGCUUCAUGAGGCUAUAUCCACAACACACGUCUUGGGAGAAUCCAAAGGAUAUGGAGCGUCCGCUUAUUAUUGGAUAUGUGUCUCCAGAUUACUUCACUCAUUCUGUAUCAUAUUUCAUAGAAGCACCUCUUUUAUACCAUGAUUAUGCUAAUUACAAGGUUGUCGUCUACUCAGCGGUUGUGAAGGCGGAUGCAAAAACCCACAAAUUCAGGGACAGAGUUCUGAAAAAGGGUGGAGUAUGGAGAGAUAUUUAUGGGAUUGAUGAGAAGAAGGUUGCCAGCAUGGUUAGGGAAGAUAAAGUUGACAUCUUGGUAGAGCUUACUGGUCACACAGCAAACAAUAGGUUAGGAAUGAUGGCUUGCAGACCUGCUCCUAUUCAGGCAACAUGGAUUGGAUAUCCAAACACAACUGGUUUGCCUACCAUUGAUUAUAGAAUCACCGAUUCAUUGGCUGACCCUCCUGAUACGAGGCAAAAGCAUGUUGAGGAGUUAGUUCGUUUACCUGAUUGUUUUCUUUGCUAUACGCCUUCUCCGGAAGCAGGGCCUGUUUCCCCAACCCCUGCCCUUUCUAAUGGGUUCAUUACUUUUGGGAGCUUCAACAAUCUUGCUAAGAUAACACCAAAAGUCUUGCAAGUUUGGGCAAAGAUAUUAUGUGCUGUUCCAAAUUCACGGCUUGUGGUAAAGUGCAAACCCUUCAGUUGUGAUAGUGUAAGGCAAAGGUUUCUUUCGACAUUGGAGCAGUUGGGGCUGGAAUCACUCCGUGUUGAUCUUCUGCCACUAAUCCUACUCAACCAUGAUCAUAUGCAAGCAUACUCACUUAUGGAUAUCAGCUUGGACACAUUUCCAUAUGCAGGAACGACUACUACCUGUGAGUCCUUGUACAUGGGGGUUCCAUGUGUUACUAUGGCAGGUUCAGUGCAUGCCCAUAAUGUUGGUGUCAGUCUUCUCAGCAAAGUCGGGCUAACACGUCUGAUUGCCAAAACUGAAGAUGAGUAUGUCCGUUUGGCGCUGGAAUUGGCAUCCGACAUCACAGCCCUUUCGAACCUCCGGUUGGGUCUUCGUGAGCUCAUGUUGAAGUCCCCGGUCUGCAAUGGACCACAAUUCGCUCUGGGGCUGGAGGUGACAUACAGAGAUAUGUGGCACAGAUACUGCAGAGGUGAUGUUCCGUCUUUAAGGCAUAUGGAAUCGCAGCAGCAGCAGCCGCCUUCUCCUGAAAAGCCUCCAGUGAAAUUCCCCGAACCCACAAAAAUCACAACUGUGCCAAGAGAUCCCCACUCUACAGCUAUAAAGAUGAACGGCAUCAAUUCGGGUCCACCAUCCACGCCGGUCCUCUAUGAAGGAAACGGCGGCCAAUCAAAUCCAGGAAAUCCGAGCUAGUUGAAGCCAGUCGGCCAAGUGCUUGCCACGAGCGCAUGCUCGUGAGAUUAUUUAUAUAUGCCUCCACCUGUUGAUGCAACCGUGUGCUGUGUUUCGCCCCCAUGUAAAUCGAUGAUUUGCUGAAAUUCGAGUUGGGGGGCGGGAGCUGAGGGUGGGUGGCCCAGGGCUUGCACUGUCUAUGUCAAUUUUGGGAGGACAGGUGGUGGGGGCUAUUUAAAAAUUUCUUUUCCCUCUGUAAAAGGAUGGAAAUAUGAAAGGGUUGUUCACAUGUUUUAGGGUGCAGAUAUCACAAGGACUAGAUCUUAUAGUGGCUUGUAAAAUUCAGAAGCAAAUUUGAAAAUUUAUUCCCAAUGAAUGGAUUGUUUGGUGUUUUAUCUGAUAA